AUGGCAGUAAAAAGACGUUCUAAAAGCUCAGGGCAAGGCCUAGAGGAGUUUAAGAAUGAAGUAGAACUUAUUGCCAAGCUUCAACACAGGAAUCUUGUUAAGCUUUUGGGUUGGUGUAUCCAUGGGGAAGAAAAGAUAUUGAUCUAUGAGUACAUGCCCAACAAUAGUCUAGAUAAAUCUCUAUUUGAUCCAAACAAACAAUCACAACUGGAUUGGGGGAAGCGCUUUCCCAUUGUUGAAGGGAUUGCACAAGGGCUACUUUAUCUUCACCGGUACUCGAGAUUAAGAGUCAUUCACCGAGAUCUAAAGGCCAGCAACAUCCUUUUAGAUGGUGAAAUGAACCCCAAAAUAUCAGACUUUGGUUUGGCAAGGAUCUUUGGAGGAAACCAGACUGAAGCAAAUACCGAACGAGUGGUUGGGACAUACGGCUACAUGUCACUUGAGUAUGCCCUAGAGGGUCAUUUUUCAGAGAAAUCCGAUGUAUUUAGCUUCGGAGUGUUAUUGUUAGAAAUUGUGACCAACAAACGGAACACCGGAUAUUAUCCUUACAAACAGUGGGGAUUGGAAUUGAUGGAUCCGUUGAUAAGCGAUUCUCAUGUGGCCCAAGAAGUGGAUAGGUGCAUCCAUGUGGGCCUCUUGUGCAUUCAAGAAGACCCAAAUGAUCGGCCCACCAUGUCUCCUGUUGUUUCCAUGUUGGGCAAUGGAAGUGCAAGACCACCAUCACUGAAGCAACCUGGAUUUUCAACAUGGAAGAGGCCCAUUGCUGCUGAUCCACCUUCGAGUAAUUCUGUAGCCCAGGCAACGAUUAGCAUGUUAGAACCAAUGACAAAAUAG